AUGGCGGAGCAGAGCAUCAACGUACCCCAAGUCAUCGUUUUCAUCGUCGUCACGUUCCUUGCUGUACGAUGGUACUUAAAAAAGCCUACGGCGGCGGCUCCAGGCACGCGAGCGGCGGCAAACCGCGCUGCAGUCCGCAUCAACCCUGCGCAGAUUGACCAAGUCGCUGAGAUGCUGCCGCAGUUGAGCAGGCGGGAUAUCGCAUGGGACCUACAAAGAAAUGGCGGUAACGUCGCCGCGACGACUGAGAGGGCAUUGAGUGCGAGGGGUUUAGACACUGCACCGGCGUCCUUCCAAAUACCAACACUUGCGCCACGAGCUGCACCUACACCGGCGCGAGCAGCCCCAGCCCCAUCAAGACCCGCGCAUCCAGAUCUGAUAACACGAUACAAUUUAUCUUCGAAACUUAGUCAGGUCUCGCAGCCGGUACAGGAAGAGCAACCAAAGGCGAAGUCGUGGAGCGCAGACAAGAGUGAGAGGCAAGCAAACCUGCAAAGACGGCGAGAGGAGAUGAUCCUGGCGGCACGAAGAAAGCUCGAAGAACAGGAAAAGGCAAAGGCUUCAGGCACUGCAUAG